CACUCAUUUUAGAUCACUCAAUUCUCUCAAAGAGUAGUUUACAACAAUCUAUUUUUUGCUCUUUAAAAUUUGGCUAAUAAUAAUAAUUAGCUAUUAUGAGUUUGCUUGAUCAGUUAUGGGAUGACACUGUUGCUGGUCCGAGGCCCGAGAAGGGCCUCGGAAAGCUGCGAAAACAAUCCACUUUUACUUUCGGAUCAUCGGAUUCCGGCAAGGAAUCUCAGCCGGCCGUGACGAAUGCGACGGUAGAUGAUUCAGGAAUGAGAGUAACAAGAAGUAUAAUGAUUGUAAAGCCAGAAAGGACGUUAAGUGAAACACCGCCGGCAUCACCGGCCGGAUCUACAACUCCGGUAUCUCCUUUCCCCGGAGGCAGAUCAGAGGCAUUCAGGUUUCGUAGGAAGUCUGCAUCGGACACUUUCGAAAAGGCAAGCGGCAUUGGAACCAGGAGCCCUCGUCCUCCUUACGACCUGUGAGAUGUGAUCUUUUGAACAGGCAACCGGGUAAUGGAGUCUUGUUGCAGGAAAUAGAUAUAUAGAGUUGUGCGUGUUUUUAAUGUAGAUAUAGGCCCCAAUGUAAAUAUGUACGUUUGGUGUAUGGAGGUUUGGUGAUCGAUCGAAGUUGUUUUUUUAGGUUUGUGUUUUUACUCGAACUUUUGUAAUGCAUGUACGACGGCUUUUUCUUUGCCUUUGAUAAGAAAACAUAUAUGAACCGUUUGUCUGCA